GGGAUGUCAGGAUGUCUCCGUCUUUACGCGCCGGCGCGGUUUUACUUUGCGCGUCGUUGCUUUCAACUUAAAUCAUGCUUAGUUCGCUCUUUGGUCGCUUCUAAACACUACAUGUCAGCCGUGCUGUGACACGCUGAUCGACCAGCUGGGACUUCUGCUGACUUAGCUGUCGAGCUGGCAGGUUUUCACCGGGGAAACCUUCCGUGAUUUUUGGCGUUGCAGCCGGAGCGCAGGAAAACUUCUCGGGAUGGACGUACCGGUCAUCAUUUUGCUCAUCGGCUUGAGCCACUCCCAGAUGAAAGUGCUGGUGACCGGCAGGGUGGAAGUAGAGGCUCGAUGCCCCCUCGGCCACUUCCCGUGUGGGAACAUGAGUGAGUGCCUCCCUCAGGCUCUGCAGUGUAACGGACACAAAGACUGUUCCAACGGAGCUGAUGAGCGCCGCUGUGGUGACAACAUCGGAUGGGCGGACCUAUUUGGUCGAACACUACAGAAUGCCAGUCCUGUGAACCUGUAUUUCCUAGAAGAGUGUUACUUGCAGGAGUAUCCGGAGAGCUGUGACUGCAUACAGACAGAUGUUGAGUGUGUGGAGGUCGACCUUCAGGAUGUUCCUCUGCUUUCUCCAAAUGUCACCUGGCUGUCGCUGAGAAGCAACAAGAUCCGAGUGUUGUCUGAUUUUGUUUUCCAAGAAUACCCCGCCCUGGAGAGACUGUUUUUGCAAAACAACAGCCUCCAGGUCGUAUCCGAACAUGCCUUUGUCGGCCUGCACAAUUUGAAGAGGUUGUUUCUCAGUGAGAACUUAAUAUCCUCCCUAAGUCCUGGUGUGUUCGGGGAUUUGAAUCAGUUAGAGUGGCUGAUGUUGGAUCAUAACCCACUGAGCAUCUUGUCCCAGGACACCUUCACUGGGCUCCAGUCUCUCAUGUACCUAUCAAUGGUGAACACCUCACUGCAGCAGCUCCCUCAUCCGAGCUUCUGUCAACACAUGCCUGCCUUGGACUGGCUGGAUCUUGAGGGAAACCAGAUUCAAACUCUUAACUACUCCAUCUUAAAGACGUGCAGCAAGCUUGAAGUUCUGUUACUGAUGGACAACAGGAUCAGGAGAGUCCCUGAAAACACCUUCCAGUCUCUGUGGAAGCUGGCUGAACUGAAUCUGUCCACCAACAGGAUCAAGGAGCUGCCAAAAAACACCUUUAAGAGUCUCUCCAAGUCCCUCCUUAAACUAAACAUCUCCUACAAUCCUUUUCUCCGAAUUCACCCGAGUCACUUCCACCACCUGACGCAUCUCCAGUCUCUGGCACUGGAGGGGAUUGAGAUCGAAGAUAUUCACACAAAGCUGUUUCUGCCGAUGAAGAACCUCUCCCACAUCUACUUUAAGAAGUUCCAGUACUGCUCCUAUGCACCUCAUGUCAGGUCCUGUAAGCCCAACACAGACGGCAUCUCGUCUUUCGAGGACCUGCUGGCUAACAUAGUGCUGCGGGUCUCUGUCUGGGUCAUGGCCUUCAUUACCUGCUUUGGUAACCUCUUGGUCAUCGGAAUGAGGUCGCUGAUCCGUGCAGAGAACAACCUGCACGCCGCCUGCAUCAAAGUCCUCUGCUGUGCAGACUGCCUCAUGGGUGUGUACCUGUUUUUCGUUGGAGUGUUUGAUGUAAAAUUCCGCGGUCAGUACAAUCGGAACGCCCUGCUGUGGAUGGAGAGCAUCGAGUGUCGGACCAUCGGGUUCCUGGCCAUGCUUUCCUCUGAGGUGUCCGUUCUCCUCCUGACCUACCUGACUCUGGAGAAGUUCCUGGUCAUUGUCUUCCCCUUCAGCAAUCUGCGGCCAAGCAAACUUCAGACAGGGGUGGUCCUGGCUUCCAUCUGGCUGCUAGGGUUCAUUAUUGCCGCCGUGCCCCUAAUGAACGAAAACGUCUUCGGGAACUACUAUGGACGUAAUGGGGUCUGCUUUCCCCUGCACUCUGACAGGCAAGAAAAACCUACUGCCAAAGGAUAUUCCACAGGGAUUUUUCUGGGCCUUAACGUGGUGGCAUUCCUGGUGAUCGUUUUCUCCUACUCCAGCAUGUUCUACUCCAUCUACAAAACUGGCAUCAAUGCCACAGACCUGAGGAGCAGACUGCACAGAGAUGUAGCUGUGGCCAACAGGUUUUUCUUCAUAGUGUUCUCUGAUGCCCUCUGCUGGAUCCCCAUAUUUUUAGUGAAAGUCCUUUCGUUGUUAGAGGUGGAGAUACCUGGCACAAUCUCCAGCUGGGUUGUCAUCUUCAUCCUUCCCAUCAACAGUGCCUUGAACCCCAUCCUGUACACUUUGACCACCAGCUUCUUCAGGGAGCAGGUGGAAGUUUUACUCUGUCGCUGGCAGAGAAGGCACACCUCAAAGAAAGACCGCAAAAGCCUCACAUCCUCCACAAUCUUCAUGGAGACGUCACGGGCCGCCUGCUACCAGCAACCGGCCUAUCUCCAGCGGUUGUCACUGAUCGGCGCUGACCCUCGCUACGCCUGAGAGAGCAUGUUUUAACGAGACAGACUUCCAAGAGGAAAUAAUCAGCAAUCACUGGGAUGUUUCUUCAUGCUCUGACAUUUGUAUUGUGAUGCUUUCCCCCCUCCUGCAUACACAUACAGGGAGCAUCUUGGAGUUUCUUACUCAAAGUCAGUCCAACAUGUGAGGAACCAUGGAGGAGGCCACAGUCUUUACGGAUAAUCUUGUGCUAUCUGAGCUACAGUUGUCCCCAUGUUUACAUGCUCAUGUGGCCACACAUUAGAUAUUUUUCCAUGUGAGGGUACAGUAAAAUGAAAAUACAAAGAACAAAAAGGUGGCUGAAAGGAUGUAAGUAUGUGCUGCACGUGUCACUGCACCCUGACGAUGAUCACACAAGACUUAAUGUCCUCAGUCAAACAAGAAAGGUGCUUAUUGGGUUUAUGGAGCUGGAAGACAAGCGGCCGAAUAUCUGUUUUAUCUCAUAGUCCCAGGCUCUGUUUUUUAUGAAGACUGAAGGAUGAGGCUCAUAGACGUGAUGUUCAUCAGACAUUGAGCUGAGAAAUGGGUGCAAAGAUAAAUGGUUUCAUUCAAGAAGGAAAAAAAAAAGCAUGAAAUGAGUCUCAAAAGUGUAGCACUCAAACAGUGCUGAUGCAAUCAUAAUGCUGGACUUAAAGACAUGAGAAUGCAAAUCAGCUUUUGCAUUCUGUUUUACUUCAAUGUUCAAUUUUUUAUAUAUUUCUUAAUUCCAUCUUCCAAUUAAAAUGUAAAUUCUCAGUCAGUCAGUCACUGUAAUUUUAUUAUCUUUAACAGCACAAAUUGGAAUAAAAAACCCAAUUACAGGCAUACUUUUUAAUACUAUCCAAAUAAUGAAAGACAUUUACUGCCAUCCCUUUGCUCUCACUGGACUGGAUAAACAUUUGGUUUAAGCCAUGUUAUAUUUAAUUUACUAAUCCACAGGUAAGAAUUUGAGUGACACUGUGCUUGUCACUUGGACUGUUCUGGUUGUUUUUGCCUUUUUGCCUAUACAUUGUUUUUUUUUUUUCUCUUUUGGUACUGAUGGAUAGUAUGCCUUUUUACUUGAACUCAGUGGCAAUCAACAACUAGUGGCAGAGAAAGAGAACAAGAGAAGAAAAGCUAUGCAGGUGAAAAAAAUAAUGAUGAAAUAAGGACUAUCAUUUCCCAUUAUGCUGUAUAAAUGUGCAUAUGUUUAUUUUUAUUGUAAAAAUUUGGUACAUGAGAUUGUUUUCUGUGUGUAUGUUAAAUACUGUAAAUAUUGUGUUUACUGCAGUUGGUUUCCCUCCAGAGAUGUCUUUCUGACUGAAAUUAAAAAAAGACGAACAAACAUGAA